CAGCAGCCGAAAACUUCGCGAAACAUCAGCAACAAAGUUUGUUGACCUUUCUUGCGCAAUGUCGUCGCACUUUAUAUUUUGAUUAACCAGCUGAUAUUUCCCACGCAUUACACACAGUCGUCAAAAAGAGAGCGAGCGAGGGGGAAUCGCUGCGCCGUCGCGUCCGCCGCCACGAAUCUCCGGUCGGCUCUCCGUUCCUGUAACGUAGCAUCUGUCGCGGCCAACGAAGCUCAUGCAGUAUACUCAAAUAACGUCAAUAUCCUCUCAAAAUACUACGGUAUUUACCAGUUUUGGCUAGGUGUGCAUGGACAGUGGUUGAAUGUCGGAAACAUGGAUGUUGAAUCCUGGACCUGCAAAGAUGUGGCCAAGUGGUUAUCCACCAACGGCUUCGGUCAGUACUCGCGUCAACUGUGCACCGACCACAUGAUCGAUGGUCAGGCAUUACUACUUCUGACCGAAGCCGACCUGCGCAGUCCUCCUGUCUCUCUGAAUGUUCUUGGAGAUAUCAAACGCCUAAUCCAUCAGAUUGAUCUUUUAAAACGUCACAUUGGCAAUCAAGGGCGGAUAUCAAAUGGUUUUGCCCCGACAACAAGCACUGCACGGGUAACCAAUCAGAAUCACGUCGGAGCGGAUGAGGUGGAUCAGCCAAAGAAACACCUAAAACACCUAGCAACGAGAUUGGAACCGGAAGUCUUCAAGACCGUCUUAAGCAUCAUCUACGUCACCUUGGUGUUCCUACUCACAGCCUUUGUCCUGACUGUCGUGCAUGACCGAGUGCCUGAUAUGGAGAAGUACCCUCCUUUGCCAGACAUCGUCCUGGAUAGUAUUCCGUUGAUACCUUGGGCGUUUCAAGCCUGUGAACUCUGUGGUAUCAUUCUUGCUGUACUGUGUUUUCUAGUCCUCUUCCUUCACAAGCACAGGUAUUUGGCUAUGAGGCGUCUCUUUGCCAUUGCAGGGACAGUAUUUCUACUUAGGUGUGUGACAAUGUUUGUGACAUCACUCUCAGUGCCUGGUAUACAUCUGCAGUGCUCAGCCAAAGUCUACGGUACUGUGUGGGACAAACUGUCUAGAGCAGUAGAGAUCUGUUUGGGUCUAGGCAUGUCCUUGACUGGUGUUCAUACAUGCGGAGACUACAUGUUCAGCGGACACACGACUUGUAUAACCCUUGCCAACUUCUUCAUUACGGAAUAUUCCCCACGCAAGUUCCACAUCCUUCACACCGCAACGUGGGUGAUCAACCUGUUCGGAAUCUUCUUCAUCCUCGCCGGCCAUGAGCACUACACCAUCGACGUCUUCAUCGCCUUCUACAUCACCUCGCGCCUCUUCCUCUACUACCAUACCCUCGCCAACAACCGGGCCCUCCGACAGGGCGAUGAGCGGGUCAGGGUCUGGUUUCCAAUGUUCUCGUUCUUUGAGGCGAACGUCGACGGUAUUGUUCCGAACGAGUACGAGUUCCCCCUCCCUUCUUUAACGAAGAUCAUGGAGCGUAUCAGGGAAUGUCCGGUCAACAGACCGGUCAAAAGACCUAUUAAAGGGAAGGCAAGAUAGUCUAAGACUUUGGUUGUGGAAAUAUGUUGUGGUAUGUGGUCAUGUACUUUCCAAGAGUUAUGUUUGUUCUUGUGAUAUUUGACAUCAGGCAAUUCUAGGACACCUUUAUAGUGACUGGCAAGUUGUGCUGAGGGAGUUGUCAUUUGGGUGAGCAAUAGGACUCCUACAGGG